AUGGUACCGAUGCUGCGCCUCAAUGGGGACCCCGGCGUCCGACGCGCUGCUCGGGAUGCUCGUAUGGGGAUCAUCCAUCUCGGUAUCACUGUCCCUAUCAUCGGUCUCGGCCGCCUCCCAAUCGGGGUCACAUUGAUCACACCGUUGCUCGACGAACCCGAACUGCCGGUCGUGGUCGCCGCACUGCUCGCGGGUAUCUCCAUCGAUCUCCCCAUCCAAAUAACCAUCCAACACCGCUCGACGACACUGAUGAUCACUGGCCAUGUACUGCCGGACUAA